GAGCCAUGAAAUCAUUUUAGAUUUUCGUGAAAGUCAUUCUUGGUUGAGGUUAAUAAUAAUUCUUGCUAAAAAUUAUAAGACAAACAGUUUAAAGUCGUGUUAAAGUGUUAAUUGAACAAUGCAUACUGAAGAAAUCCUUAAGUACGACAUCAAACAAUGUUUAAAUUUAAUAAUGGCUGGUAACGAUACAGAAGUUAGUGAAGGAUGGACCAAACUUAAAAAAUUAGAAAGUGAGCCCAUAUAUGGGCACUUAAAUAAUUACGAAACUAUCUUGCAUGAGGUACUGACCGGUACGAUUAUAAAUGUGCAAGAACUUCCAAGAGUUCUGAUAUGGUUUUCAAAAUAUUUAACAGAAAAACCAUUUACUUUGCACUCAAUCUCCAAUGAUAUUGCAAUAAUGCUGAAAAAUACAGAGAUCAGUGAUAUGUCUCACUUGACAAUGAUACUUCAGGUAUUAUUAGAACAUAGUGUCUAUUUACCGGAUUCUAUUAAUCAUUCAAAACUUUGCGAAGCAGUCGUUAUCAGUUUGUCUACAUUUUUAAUGCCAUGUGACCCAAGGAAGAUUUCAGAAUUUAAUGAUAACGCAUCGAAAGUUCAAAAUUUUUUGGAAGUAAUUAGAUUGAAGUCUAAAAACAUUGAAAACGACAACCUUAUUCUCAUAUGUCUUCAGACAUUAUAUAAAAUAAUAUCAGAUACUAAAGGAAAACAAGAACCUGGGCCUGGUUUAGCAGCUGUACUCCAAGUGGUAAAAUCUUCUAUAAUACCACAGGCUGUUGAUUGGAUUCUUUCUGAAUCUCACUCAGAUGCCCAGUUGGCACAGGCUUUAAAGGUCUUGUGUAGUUGGCUUCCAAAAUGGAGAGGGGACAGACUCAGUAUUUGGAUCAUGGAGUUUAUAAUUGGUUUAGAAAAAAGGCAUAAAUAUUCAAUACUCAUUGAAGUUACAAAAGCUAAGCUCGAUGUAAUGUUCUGUGCUUUAUCAGUACCUGUUUGCCGUCAAAAUGCUUCCCCUAUUAUAUUUUACAUUUUAAGAAAGCAAGGAUCUCCAUCCUUGUUUCAAAACAUAGUAAGAAAUAUACAAAUAGUGAUGUCUAACUUCCUAAUUAAAGAAGAUUCUGAAUCAAGCAAGGAGUGCAUACAGAACUUGGUUGACAUCAUGAAAAUACUUAUGUUAAGAUUUCCAAACCAACAUGGUUGCAUUAAUUUGGAAAACAACUUCCCAGUACAACCCAGAAUGCAUAUUGUUAAAGAAGUAUGGAAUGAUCAUGUUUGGAUAGAUGAAAUGGAGGAGAAGGAGCCGUUAAUUGAAACACCGAAAACACAUCUUGGAAAAGUUGGCCUUUCGAAUCUUGGAAAUACAUGUUAUAUGAACAGUGUGUUACAAGCGUUAUUAAUGACUAAACAAUUUUGUUAUGAAAUAUUAAUGUACAAACCUUCGAACAAAGCUGAUGACCAAGUUGUACUUAAAAAGUUGCAAAAUCUAUUUACUUUAUUGUUGUACUCGAAGAGGAUUUCCUUGGCACCAACUGAGAUUUUACUAGCUUCCCGUCCUGCUUAUUUUCUGCCUGGUCAACAACAGGAUAGUUCAGAAUUUCUCUGUCACCUAUUAGAUCUUCUGCAUGAACAAGAAAAGUCAGCUAUUAUAAUUUGCGAAGCUAAUGAUUCUAAGGAAGACAGAGAGACGAAUGAAAUGUCAACGAUGAGUGAAGAAGGAGCUAGUAUCAAGCGAUGGACAACUGAAGAGGAUUUAAGUGAAAGUAUUGUAUUGGAAAGGAAGACACAAUCAUUAGCGGAUUUCACUGAUGGAGAAGAUCUGGCACAAGUUCAACAACUUAGUGAUUCACAUUCGGAUUCUACAGAUAGCGGGAUACAGUCCGUAGGCGGAGAAGACACGAACACACAAGUACCACUUGUUCAUAGAGUACUAGGAGGAAAAUGUAAAAUUACUUAUCAAUGUGCCCAAUGCGAUACGAGUUCACACAACACGGAUAAAUUCCGUGACCUACAGUUGUGCUUCCCAGAGGAGAUACAAGAGAAUCAAGAAGUUUCUGUACAGGAUCUUAUAAAUUAUUAUCUCACACCGGAGAAAUUGACUGGCGAAAAUAAAUAUCGUUGCGACAAAUGCAUGAAGCUGUGCGAUGCACAAAGGAUCAUAAAAAUUUUGCAUGCACCUACGUAUUUAAUUCUAAUACUGAAACAUUUUCGUUACGACUUCGACACCAGAUUAAGAACGAAAUUACGGCACAAAGUGAUGUACAAUGAGACUAUACAAUUACCAGUAUCAACACCAUCAUGCACAACUACCGAGACUUAUCAGUUGUACGCAGCUGUUGUUCAUUCGGGCUAUAGUAUGGAUUACGGUCAUUAUUUCACGUACGCUCGCGACUUGAAACAAAAUUGGUAUAAGUUCAAUGACAGCUACGUCUCGCAGACGACGUUCAACGAUUUCAAAAGCUUAAAGCCACCAGACACACCUUAUAUAUUGUUUUAUGAAAAAAAUGUACCAUUCGAAGGAGGACUUUACGAUGAAGACAAACCCGAAUUGUCGACGUUAAGUAAACAUUUACAAGAAUUAGUAGCAAAUGAUACCACAGCUUAUAUUGAGGAGUUAAGGCAUCAAGCGGAAAAAUCGCAGCGAGGACGACAUAAUUCGAUAUCGUUACGGAAAAACGAAAAUUCUGACGAUGAAAAUCCUCCGCCUACUAGCUGUCAUUCGAAGGAGGACUUUACAAUGAGGACGAACCCGAAUUGUCGACGUUAAGUACACAUUUAUAAGAAUUAGUAGCAAACGAUACCACAGCUUAUAUCGAGGAAUUAAGGCAUCAAGCAGAAAAAUCCAAGCGAGGACGACAUAAUUCGAUAUUGUUAUGGAAGAACGAAAAUUCUGACGAUGAAGAUCCUUCGCCUAGUAGCUGCCGAGGCGCUGUCAAUAUGCGAGUCGUUUCUUUAUUAAGUUAUUGUAAUGUUUAGAAAGUAUUAUAUUUUUUUUUUAUAAAAUCAAUUGAAUGCUCCAGGUAAAUUUUUAAUACAUUUUCCUUAUGUUAGUAAGGAAUGAACAGAGUUCCUUUCAUAAGCACAGUACUAUUGUGUCAAUUGGUGUCAAAUGCAUUCAAAGACAGUAUAAUAAGGAACUUUAUAUACAUAUUUAUUUUCUGUAGUUUCAAUCAUCUUCCCGACGAGCGUUACUGCUGUACAUUUAUUACGUGUAGAACAACUUUGUAUAUGAUUGUAUAUUCCACGAUUGUUCUUGAUAUGAGGAACGUAUUACGAAAAGAAGAAUUGUUAACAAUAAUCGAUGGAUAUUAAACUACUGUAAAGUAUAGUGGCGAAUAUUCACGAAUCGUACUUAAUACUUGUUUUCUUGUGGGUUUAAAAUAUUGUUUUUUCCCUCAUGCUAGUUUAUGAAAUUAAAUAAAAAACGAUCGCGAUCAAUGGAGAGUGUAUUAUAAAAUUGUAAUGGAGAAUAAGAGAAUACAAACUCAUCGUCAGUAUUUUAUAAAAAGUUUAAUGUAAUCGGCUGCGUUUUUACAGUCUUAUGUAUACACAAAAACAGUAUUUCGAUAUUAAUUGAAAUAUUAUCAAUUUUAUAAGUAACUUUUGUCACGUUUUCGCACACAGUAAAUCACUAUCCAUCUGAAUUCAAUCGUGCGAGAUAUAAAUGUUAUCUGUUGAAUAAGCUCGCAUAAACAUUUUAAUUUUGGCAUUUAUUGGCAGCAACCAAUAAAUACGAUGUAUAUAAAUUUAUAACUUGCCAGAUAGUUGUAUUUGAAUACUUAUUAUAAAAUUGGUCAAUAGUUUCGAACAAUUCAAAAUUAAAAGAAAAGCGUAACAAUGAUAGCAGCUAUAACUGUAAAUAGAUAUAUUAUAAUUCUAGUUAUCUCAAAACAAAGAAGAACUCCAAGCAUUACGAAUCUGUGAUAAAUUUGUACUGUCAAAUUGAUAACGUUAAUUUCGUAGCCAAGUAUUGAACGGAUGAAAAAGGAAUAAUUGUCUAAUUUUCUGAAAUUCUCUCUAUAGUAUACGAAAUUCAUUAGGUCUUACAUAAUUACAUUAAUUUCUGUAGGCGAUGCAUACAAUUUUUCAAAAUAAUUCAUUAUUAAUAGAUAAUUCAUAUUAAGUAUAUUUAUUUAUUAUUCGUUUAAAAUGCUCAUCGUUCCAGGAAACUGCACAAAAGGAAUGUUUACUUCACAAUAUUUUGCCCUUUUGCAGGGUGAACAAAUAAGCAUUCGGUAAUAAUAUUAUACCGCAUAAUUAUUUUAUUAAUGAGAUUAUUUCUGAAUGGUGCAGUUGUUUUUUGUUCGUUAGCUUAACAGUGUAGUAGUGUAAAAUAAGUGUGGAAGCUUUAUCACAAUAUAAUAAGAAAUAAAGUAAUAAAUAUGUGACGAUUCUC